UUUUUAAAAAUUAUAAAAUUUAAUCUAAGGUAUUUUUUAAUGCUGAAAAAUAGCUGAUUUUGCUUAUCUGAAUGUCCUUACUCCAUUGAGUACACUAUAAAUGUUUGUUGUUGCUAAUAUUGCAGAAAGUUGGGGAAAUGCAUGGAGGAAACCAGAGUGGAGUCUCAGAAUUCCUGCUCCUGGGGAUCUCAGAGAGUCCUAAAGAGGAGCAGAUCUUGUUUUGGAUGUUCCUGUCCAUGUACCUGGUGACAGUGGUGGGAAAUGUGCUCAUCAUCCUGGCCAUUGGGUCUGACUCAUGCCUGCACACUCCCAUGUAUUUAUUCUUGGCCAAUCUCUCCUUCACCGACCUCUUCUUUGUCACCAACACAAUCCCCAAGACAUUGGUGAACCUUCAGUCCCAGAACAAAGCCAUCUCCUAUGGAGGGUGUCUGACACAGCUCUACUUUUUAGUCUGCUUGGUGACUCUGGACAACUUCAUCUUGGCCACGAUGGCAUAUGACCACUAUGUAGCCAUCUGCCGCCCCCUCCACUAUGUAACAGCCAUGAGCCCUAGGCUCUGUAUUUUGCUCCUCACCUUGUGUUGGGUGUUCUCUGUCCUCUAUGGCCUCUUCCUCACCUUCCUCAUGACCACGGUGAUCUUCUGUGGGUCCCGGAAGAUCCACUAUAUCUUCUGUGAGAUGUAUGUCCUGCUGAGGCUCGCAUGUUCCAACACCCAAGUCAUUCACACAGUGCAGAUUACUACAGGCUGCUUCAUCUUCUUCACCCCCUUAAGGAUAAUGAUCAUGUCCUAUGUCUGGAUUGUCAGAGCCAUCCUCUGAAUACCCUCAGCCUCUAGCAAGUACAAAGCCUUCUCCACCUGUGCCUCCCAUUUGGCUGUGGUCUCCCUCUUCUAUGGGACACUUAGUAUGGUAUAUCUGAAGCCCCUCCAAACCCACUCCAUUAAGGACUCAGUAGCCACAGUGAUGUAUGCUGUGGUGACCCCCAUGAUGAACCCUUUUAUCUACAGCCUGAGGAACAAGGACAUGCGCAGGGCACUGGGAAGACUUCUCCUAGGAAAAGUCUUCCAGAGGUUGACAUAAACACAAUUUUGGAAAGGGCAUUGGGGUGGAGACUGAGAAUUUCCUCUACCAUAUGCAAGGCAUUAUCCUGUGGGCCAUACAGGAGUGAUUAGCACACAGAUCCAGCUUAGAAUGAGUUUAUUGAUUUGUGGUAAAGAAAAGACAGGCAAGUGUAACUCAAUGUCCCCCAAACCUCACCAGCUUUGGUUAUAAAUAAGGUCACAUUAACAGUAAUACUAGAUGUUUGCAGAAUCAAAUCCUUCAACUGCCUGACCACAGUCCCAGCCUUAUCCAGACAUAUCCAGUUAAAGGCUAGGGAGGUCACUCAUGCUCUCUAACAGAUAUCCACUCAUGUACCUGGGCUAUGGCCUUCUCUAAGGAGCCUGCUGCCUGUAAGCCAUUUAUAGAAGACACUUUGUGCUACCCCCACUGCAGGUGUCCUGGCUGAGGCCACCCCGUACCUGAUAGGCUGAAAGGUGGAGCUCCUUGCUUCUGUACUGACCCAUAGUCCUUCUGGAUACAGCCCCUGCUGUCCAGGCAGAAAUGGCAAGAAGAUUCUUCUCUUUUGCUCUGGGUUGAUUUUCAGCCCUUGGGCUCCAAAUCAAUACUUCCUCUCUUGCCUUUUUCUGGCAUUCCUUUUCUCUGAAAGAAGUCAGAUCUCUUCCUUGGGAAGUCCAUCCUGUCCUUUACUUCCAUGGCUCCUCACCUCCAUCUCUUCUUCAUGGAAAAACUCCAUCAUUCCCUCUAAUUAAACUUUCAAACAUAUCAACACACACUCACAAACGGCAGCAGUGGUGGAGGGAGUAGACGGGGGUGGGCAGGUAAUUGUGAGACCCAAGCUCUACUAGGUUCAACAUGCCUUGUGACAAUGCAACGAAUAGAAAGUGAAUCGUAACUAAUGAGAAGGUGAGUCACUGAUUUGUGGCAAUUUGAAAGAGGGAGCAAUCCUUUACAGAGGAAUCAGCAGAGCCGGUAUUUAACCUAGACUUUGAUGAGUAGAGUUGAAUUGAUUGAUGUUCCUUCAGUCAUUCAUCAAUUCUUUCCAUUGAUCAUGGUUGAAUGUCCUUUAGGGGCCUCAACCUGGAUUCCAAACGUGAAUAAGAAGCUCACAGUCUACUGAGAGAG